AGUUUCACUCCCAGUCAGCUGGUUUCUCUUCCUCCUCUCCCGGCCUCUCUUAUCACCUGGGAGGACUGAAGCCAGGAACGGCAUUCUAACCUGAGCAGUCUGACAGGGUUGGCCUACAAGCAAACAGGAGAAGCUGAGCAAGAAGGACACCUUCUCUGGAAAGAAGCUGGAUGAUUUAGGACAAUUCGGCCUUGACCGUGUCCCCUGCGCCUUUCCGGUUGGUUUUCUUUAGAGACUCGGCCUCCACCAUGUCAACCUUGUACCCAUAGCUGGAAGAUAUGGAGGUUUAUCACAUGUUGACGGCCCAGGAGAAUACUGUAGGACCACAGCCCAUAGCCCCAGCUCCAGCCCCUAGUGCGAGAGAGAUGCCCGAGCCGCCCAAAGCAGACGCGCCGCCAGUUUUGUAUCCAAAUCUUGCCGAUCUCAACGAUUAUAUGGGCCUCUCCCUUUCCAGCGAAGAGAUCCAGAAGAAUUUGGGUCUUGUUCCGACAGGCAAUUCUGCCGAGGGCCCUUCUUCCUCAGCUCAAGGUCCGUUGGUGGCGCCCGUGACGGGAAGCGAUGCAGGGCUGCGUCGAGCGGAGAUCAAACCAGGUUUGCGUGAGAUCCACCUAUGCAAGGACGAACGUGGGAAGACCGGACUGAAGCUGAGGAACAUCGAUAAGGGGCUCUUUGUGCAGUUGGUCAAAGUCAACUCUCCGGCAGCUUUGGUGGGGCUGCGUUUUGGCGAUCAGAUCCUCCAGAUCAAUGGGAGGAACUGCGCGGGGUGGAACAUGGACAAGGCAAAGCGGGCACUGAAGAAGGCCUCGCCGGAGAAGAUCGUUAUGGUGGUUCGGGAUAGGCCUUUCCAGCGAACGGUGACCAUGCAUAAAGACGGCACCGGCCACGUGGGUUUCGUCAUUAAGCGGGGCCAGAUCACCUCACUGGCCAGAGACAGCUCUGCGGCCCGGAACGGGCUCCUCACCAAGCAUUACAUCUGUGAAGUGAACGGACAGAACGUCAUUGGCUUGAAGGACAAGGAGAUCACCGAAAUCCUCGCCAACGCUGGGAAGAUCAUCACCCUCACCAUCGUCCCGGCUGUGAUCUACGAGCACAUGAUUAAAAAGCUUUCAAGCGGACUAGUGAAGUCAUCCAUGGAUCGUUCGGUCCCCGAUAUAUAAAUUUUUUUCCUCCUUCGUUCUACCUCCGACGUGAGUUGCAAGACUGUCUGGGACUUCUCUGGAAUUUUCUGGAAUUAUUCUAGCAAGAGGAGGGGGAAAAAAUGGACAACUAUAUUGCUUUAAUCUUUUGACAUGCAUUCAAGUUUCUAGCCCUCAGUAAUUAAUCUGUUGGGGUUCCGACGGAUGCCCUAAUUAAAGCAUGAACCUUGA